AUGCCAGCAGUGGGAGCCAUCUUCACGAAACUGAAUCCUCCGCUCCCCAGAGCAGCCACCUCCCCAACCAAAUCUUAUAACUACAUCCAUACUCCAAAGUCGCUAGCCUCGAACAAUUCGUUGAUUGAUGAAACUUGGAAAGAGCUUCUAAAGAGAAGCGAUACCUAUUUUCUCGACAAUCCCCUUGCCGACAUCAAAAUUACUUCAUCCUCAACCUCGUUGCAAUCUGCUCGUACCAUUCCCACCAGAAACGACGGGGUGCCCAUUUUAUUGUCCAAGAGAGAGACGCUUGAGCGAUUUCCUGAAAUAAGAGAGCCAGAAGUGACUGAGCCAGACAACAAUUUGCGAAUUGUAACAGCCGAGAGAUUCUACUUAAGAGAGCUCGAGAAGAUCUACUACACGAAGAAUUUGUGGAAGCGGUCGGGAUGGAAGAUGAGCAUGUUCAGUGCCAGAGCCAUGAGAGCACGUAUUCGAGCACGCAUUCGAGCGUAUAUCAGGAGUCGCCGGAAUAGAGAGGUGGAGUCAUCGCUGCAAAAUGUCAAUGCAACUCACGUAGACUGCUACUUUGAGCUGGAGAGCGAUACAGAAGCUGACUGUGUGAUUUACUCCCAGCCUUUGCAGGUGCCGAAGAAGCGUCAAGCGCAAAAGAACUCAAGCAGGUACAGCAGAUGUUCACUGCCAGAAGAAGAGAAUAAUUGUGACAGAUGGAAUUUGAUGCUUCCUUCUCCCACCACCUGUUCACAGGCAAAGAUUAAGUCACUUACCAAUCCUUGCGUCUACAGUCAGGUGGAUCCUUAUGUGGGCAACAGGCACAACUCUCUGAUCACUAAAUGGGACAAAGAGACAUCCCAGAAUUUCACUACUGUUGUCUUGCGGGAAUUGUACGGCACGGUCAUUGGUGGCCUUCUCAGGUCGAGUGACGCAAAUAGGCUAGCCAAACAGUUUCUUGACAGCAUCCAUACUCACGUCGACUGGGGAUUUAAAAAAGCCGUUGACGUAGCGCUUCAAGCUCAUGAGGCUAUAGAACUUUGCCAAAGGUCUUUCAACAACGAAUCUUACACUGGCUUGACUCAAGCGUCUUAUCGAAGAGGCUUCCACGUUAAGCUCCUUGAGCAGCACCACGCUUGGACGUGGGAUCUUCCACCUUUGAUUCAUGGAAACUUCGAAUUGUCUACUCUGGUGGCAUUGGACACAAAUGGCCAGUUUGAAUGUGUUCUUCACAACGAGCAGAAGCCGUUGCUUCCAGUGAGGCUCUCUAAGUUUUUUUCCAAGAGAAAGACGUUUCAAGGAGCUCCACAGUUGUGCAAUAUUGCCGAUAAGCUUCUCCAAACUGCCCAAGAGAUUUAUGGUGAAAUCAACGGGACUGAGCAAGAGUAUUCUAGCUGUACUCUGAGCUCUAUAGGUUCAAGUCUUGAACAGUGA